AUGGCUUUCGCUGAUAAAGAUAUCCCACAGAGAUGGGUGCGCAGAUACAUUCACCAAGACCACUACAAUUCCACGGAGGAAAAUCUGGGCCAGCACAUUGACCACUGCUUGGAUGGAUUACGGCAGUAUGUGAUGUGCAACGCGGAUUUGUCUAUCAACACCUUUGACUGGAUCCCAAAUUAUCCCAAGCCAUGGCCAAAUUUUGAGGUCGUGCAUAAAUGUGCGAAUUGGGAGUCUAUCGAGGAAUGGGUUUUGGCGAACAGUUUUAAUGGAUUUGAUCCUGAUUUGAUCCGUCAUCCAGAUUAUCACCCCGAACUACCAAGCCCAUUCAAUUACACCGUCAGUGGAAAUUCACCCUGA